CGUCCUACGUAAGUGCCAUUUAUCAUCAGGUGUCAGCUCUCAGCUGCCAAAUACGGAGAGGGAGAGAGGGUGCACAGUAAAUUUCCGUAUCUCUUCGCUAUCCAUACCAUUAUCGGCAUAACUCUCUCCCUCCUCUGUCUCCGAAAUCUCCUUGAAGCGAAUUUGUUUUUCUAAUCACAGGUUUUCAGCUUGGAUAUUUGGUUUUGCUUUCUUUGUUUCUGAUGAUUGGUGAGGCAUUUGUUGCUUUAAGGAGAAUGGGAAAUGAUGGUACUCAGAAAAUUCCUAUGGCCGAUGAGGCUGAAGGUUCAGAGACAACAAUUGAAAUAAAAAUAAAAACUUUGGAUUCUCAAACCUACACUUUAAGAGUGGACAAACAGAUGCCUGUUCCUGCAUUGAAAGAACAGAUCGCUUCUGUCACAGGCGUGGUGUCAGAACAACAACGUUUAAUAUGCCGCGGAAAAGUUUUAAAGGAUGAUCAACUACUUUCUGCCUAUCAUGUUGAAGACGGGCAUACCUUGCAUCUGGUAGUCAGGCAACCUGUUCUGCCAUCUUCUGAUGGCUUGUCCAAUCAUCCAGCCAAUGAACCCGCUUCAAGUACAAGCCGUGGUCAUGGGAGUCCCAGUGUUGUAAUUGAAACUUUCAGUAUGCCAGAUCAAGGGGAUGGAGUUCCUCCAGAAAUCAGUAGGAUUGUUUCUGCUGUUCUUGGUUCAUUUGGAUUUCCAAAUAUUGGAAGUGGCGGUGAAGGCAUUGAUGCUGGAAGGGAGCGUGGGCAACACAGAUUACCAGCUGCUAGUGGUACACCAGAUACAACCCAGACACAACCUGAACAAGCUGGCAGCAGGGUGCAGUCUGAUAGAUUACAAAGUGCUUUUGGCCUUCCAACAGCAGUUUCGUUGGGUUCUCUGCAUCCUCCUGUUAUUCCUGAUUCUUUGGCAACUAUGUCCCAAUAUCUGAGUCUUAUGAGGCGUGAAUUUAAUGCCAUUGGCACAGAUGGUGAAAACAGUGCUGAAGCGGAAGCCAUUCAGAGAACUGAGCAAAGAGACUCUAAUUCUGCAUCCAGAUCAGCAACUGCACAAGAAAGGCUUCCAACUCCUGCAUCCUUGGCAGAAGUGAUGCUGUCUAGCAGACAAUUUAUCAAUGAACAAGUUGCAGAAUGCAUACAAAAUCUUGCAAGACAACUAGAGAGUCAAGAAAAUGUUACUGAUUCUGCAGCAAGGUUGAGCGCUCAGUCUAGUGCAUGGAGGACAGGAGUUCAACUUCACAAUUUAGGUGCAUUUCUACUUGAACUUGGACGUACAACAAUGACCCUUCGACUAGGUCAAGCACCGUCUGAAGCUGUGGUUAAUGCUGGUCCUGCUGUUUUCAUAAAUCCAUCUGGUCCUAAUCCUCUUAUGGUUCAGCCUCUUCCAUUUCAACCGGGAGCAAGCUUUGGUGCCAUUCCUGUGGGAUCUGUGCAGCCCGGAUCUGGUUUGGUUAAUGGCAUUGGUACUGGAUUUCUUCCAAGGCGUAUUGAUAUACAAAUUCGAAGAGGUUCUUCAACAGCAUCACCCAAUCAUAAUCGCGAGGAUCGAAGUGAUAAUCAGCAGCCCUCAGUGCAGAGGAACCUGGAAACUGGUUCCGCUAGUGAAAAUCUAGGUAGUCAAACAGCAUCAAGGGUCGCAGAAGGUUCAUCUUUUGGUGGAGAGUCUGGAGUGCGGGUCGUGCCAAUUAGAGUUGCAGCUGUUCCUGGUCCAUUCAGUCGCCUUCCUUCUGAUUCUCCUAGCAAUUCUAUAGGGUUAUAUUAUCCUGUUCUUGGAAGAUUCCAACAUGUAGCUUCUGGACAUGUGGGUGGUGCACGAGGAUCUCAAGCUUCUGGUGAGCAUCAGCCUGCUGGUGUUCAAACUGAGCAGCAGUCAACUUCUGAACCUGCAGUGCAACAACCAAAUGCUGAACAUCAGACAAGAGAUGGACAACAAGAGCCAUCUAGUACUCGUAGUAUAAAUAUCAAUAUUUUGUCAGCUGGUGGGACACAAAACGCUUCUGAAUCUGAGAGACAGAACAGCAUUUUGCAGCUCCUGAGGAACCUCCUUCCAGUUGGGGAAAUCCAUGUGGAGGAUGGAGGUUUGCAGGGAACAGCUAAUGGUUCUAACCCUGAGAAUACAGGGGCGUCUACUGUUCCUGUUGAAGCACAAUCAGGAGCUACUGAUGAAGGAAUAUUCUUGUCUCAUUUGCUUCAUGAAAUUAUGCCAUUCAUAUCUCAACGUGGUGGUGCAGAGCCAAAUGUUAUUCCCCAGGGAGAUUUAGGUGCCUCUGGCAAUCAGGGAGCUCAAGAUUCAUCCACCCAGGCUGAAAGCUCUGAAGGUGGGGCAUCUCGUCGCCGUAAUGAUACUGAACACAGCCCCCCAAAUGCAAAACGCCAAAAGACAGAGUGAGAUAUAACAUGAAAGAGUAUUGACGUGGUGUUAAGGUUGUGAUUGAUCAGUGCGGAGGGUUGUGAAUGAUGUAGCGGUUCUAAUGGUAAACAUCUGUUGCGUUUUGUCCAUUGCAAACAGCAUGGUGUGAGAUUUCUCAAGUUCAUAGCCAAUGUCUUCAGAAGAAAUAGUUGUUUUUCUUUCUUAACUUGUAUUAUCUCCAGUUGAUUGUUACUUUUGCACUGGAUUCUAUCUUUUAUAGGCCUGUUGACGUCCUGGUACUUUUUGAAGGGCGUUUUAUAUGGAAUGAUUCAUCAUCUACCUGUCUAGUUUAUGUUUUUCAUCAGUAAGACCUCUACUCUAUCAAUCUAAUUGGUAAUUACUGAGGUUUAUGUACAAGUUCACCUUAUUGUCAAUGACUUGGUAUUGGUCCUUUAGGGAUGAUCCUGGAAAUCUGGAGCUACUGAUGUGAGGUUUCAUGAAGGUGUUGUCUGGCUUAUGGUAUGAUUUGCUCUGGAUUUUACCUUUUCU